UACGUUUCACAGCACCCGUUACACUGAAUAAUGGCAUAUCCCUCCUCCUGUGGUUUGCGCCGUGGCAAGGAGUAGAAUAUCAUUCCUUUCUCACACAUGAUAAGAUCAUCAGAAGCGGAGAAGUGUAUGGGCGCAUGUUACAGGGGGAUACCUCAUGGAGCUGAAGGACAUGUAGGCCCGGAAGAAAACGAUUUGGACACGAAUUGAUUGGACUAUCGCCAACAACAAGUCGGGAGUGGAGCUAUUUUUUAAGGAAUCACAGUCCUGGAAACAUUGAAAAGUUACUCUUUAUGCCCGUUGAGUAGCCCGGAACGUGAUCGCUGUAUAAUCUUAGGGGAAAUACAACAUUUAGACUCUUGCAGUGAUCCUUUAACAUCGCCGAAUAUAAGGAGCAAGAGAUGAAAAUGCGCGUGGAGAGCUCGUUGUUUUCUUGUAAAGGUAAAGAAAAUCGUGGCAGGACGAAUAAGUUUACUCUCACACAUUUAUUGUUUUUCUUUGCUGCUUUCGUGUCGGGCGCUGCUUGUCCAGACAAAUGCGUAUGCUCCAUAACGACUGUAAAAUGCGUAAACCAGGACUUACACGCGGUUCCUCAACCAUUGCCAACCAACACAAAAACUCUAUUUAUUACUGGAAACAACAUAACGCGCAUCUCCGCGGCGUCCUUCCCGACUCGCCUGGAUCAGUUAACAGACCUGUUUCUCACUGGAAACCAGCUGGAGUCGCUGGACUCGAAGGUAUUUAGCAACUUGCCAAAGCUCAGGCUCCUGGAUCUAAGCAACAACCGGAUCCAGAGCUUCGACGCCUCAGCAUUCCCUGCAAAUAAUACGGUCCAAGAGCUUGUUCUUAGCCGAGGUUUCUUUAACCUGACCUACACAGAGGACCUUAUCAGCCUGCUGCAGAGCGGAGCUCUCCCAAAGCUGACCCGUUUGGACCUGUCCAACAAUGAGUUGCUGGUGUUAACAGAUGGUACGCUCUCCCGCCUCCCCAGCCUGGUUAACCUAGCCCUCCAGAACAGCUCCAUCAUCUCGAUCCAGGACGGGGCUCUGAGGGCCCCCCCACUAUUAGAGCUGGACCUUCGGGACAACGCCCUGCGGAAGCUUUCCAACUCCACCCUGACUGACCUCAGCCUCCACCCAGGCAUGCUGCUGCGGCUGGCGGGGAACCCCUGGCGGUGUGACUGCAACAUGGAGGAUCUGCUGGCCUGGCUGAAGCAAGGGGACCAGGUACAGGAUCUGCAGAACCUGACUUGCUCUGACCCGGAGGAGCUGAAGAGCCAGCCCCUGGUGCUGCUGGAGCAAGCCCAGCUGGAGUGCUCCUACUCGGGGGACAUGAAGGGCGUGCUGGAGACCUCGUACGUGUUCCUGGGAAUGGUCCUGGCCCUCAUCGGGGUCAUCUUCCUGCUGGUGCUCUACCUCAACAGGAAGGGCAUCAAGCGCUGGAUGUAUAACAUCCGGGACGCCUGUCGGGACCACAUGGAGGGCUACCACUACAGGUACGAGAUCAACACUGACCCCCGACUGGCCAACCUCAGCAUCAACUCUGACGUCUGAGGACAGACCUGGGGACGGGCACCUACCCCAGCAAUGACGGCACGCCAUGACCCUGCAUGGGUUACAUCUGCAUGAGUUCCCCCUCCGGUUCCAUACAUCUCCAGUCUUCCUUUUCAACCUCCAUGGUGGCGACUCUACACACUUGACUAUCCUCCAUGACUGUUUUGCGUCCGGCCCACCCCUGAGCCCUCACUCUCAGCCCCAGAGCCUCAGCCCCAACCCCAAAGCCCCAGACCUCCAAGCCCAAAAACCUCUGCCUGUUGUGCAUGCUCCAUUCUGGCUGCAGAGCUAUGUUGCCUGAUAAUAGCCUGAUAAUUUGUCCCUCACCCUGCAGUGUAGCAUGGCAUGGACUAGCAGUCAUUACACAGGGCUACCAGGAACGAAACUGCAACAAGGGACUCGUUUUCCAAGUCAAAUAGUUUGGAAUUUUCUCAGACUCUUCUGUUGAGACACCCAGGCCACCGAUGGCCUUUUAAAAGAAAACCUGACAAUAGUGUUGCUUUGCUUCAGAACCUGGUUAUUUUAUGAGGUACAACUUAUAAUUAUUGUAGUGCACAUAUUUAUUAGUAUUACACCUAUGUGGACAUUCGUAAUUAUUAUAUUUUUUCCAUAAAUGUGUCGAGCUGAAUAAAAUGUCUUUAUUAGCCGAU